AUGGCAAGCCAGAACAAAAUCGCUCCCGAGCAGUCUAGUCUUGACUCAAUACGUUUCGCAGAACAGCCAAAAAAGGUUUCAUUUGAGCAAUUUAUGGUGGAACAUCUAGGCAGCGUUGGAAGGUACCAGUUAUUACAGUUUAUUUUGGUGUGCAUUCCUAGCGCGUUUGUAUCCCUGCACGUAAUGAGCUGGACAUUUGUGUCAAUCCCUUCUGAAGUCAAGUUCCGUGUGAGAGCUAAUACGAACACAUGCAUAAAUGGGAAAAAUUAUGAAGAUGAAUUGGGAUAUGAAGAAACUUUGCACGAUUCAGAUGUUCUGAUGGUGAAAACUGCACAAUCAACGGAUACUCCGCCGCAGAUAGGUAUCGUUCAGUGGAAUUUGCAAGGAGAUAGGGCUUGGAUCAAAGCUACGGUCCAGUCACUCUACUACAUUGGCCACAUGGUCGGGGCUACGCUUUGGGGAAUCGUCAGUGACAAGUUCGGGAGAAAAAAAGCGUAUUGUAUCGCAAUCACCACCCAAAUUUCCUGUGGAUUAGUGCUGAUUGUCGCACCAACAUGGUGGCUUUUCGGUAUUUUUAAGUGA